AUGUCGCUGUGGGGCAAGCCUGGCAUCCAGCCGCUGAGGUACGUGCGCGCCGCGCUGGAGGGCGCCGCCAUCUUCGCCUUUUGGGCCUCGAUCUGGGUCUCGGUCGACUCGGUCUUCUUUGGUACUUUCAAGCUGCGCUUUGGCGGCACCGUCAUGACCAGCUUUGACAUGUUUCUCGACUAUUGCACAAAGGGUUUGCCGUUCUCGUACAAGGGGAGCCUAGUGUACACUCCGAUCAACGCGUUUCACGAGGUGGCCAACCGCAAGUUUAUCUCCUCGCUUGCAAUGAACACGUCCCCCGGUCAGAUGUUCCUGUCGCUACCAGCCAUCCUGGGCCCGCUGUUCAUCGUGCUGAUGCGCGAGUCGUACGAGGGGCUCAAAGUCGCCAUGAAGGAGCUCAUGUCCGAGAUGAAGCAGGUCGCAAACGCAAAGAAGACCAAGAAGCGAAAGCCGAAGAAGGCGGGCAUGACCAAGGAGCUGGAGGAGGAGAUCUACACCUACUUCGACACUAUCCAGACCACUUUUCUCAUGGGGCUCCUCAUCGAGGUCAUCCAGAACAACGAUCGUCUCGGCGUCAUCUCGCUCAUGUCCCUGAUCCCGCCAUGCGUCGUGUGCAUCGCGGGCACGAUCUUCGGCCCGGACUCAUCCAGGAACUUCCGCUACGCGCACCUGGUCUUCACCGUCGCCAUGGUGUUCUUUUACGGCUUCAUGCAUCAGUCGGGCAUUCCGCGCGUGCUGCUGCGAGGAGGCGCCGGCAGUCUGAGCUUGAUUCCGCAAAACGCAGACCUGGUGAUGUACAAGGGCAUCAUCGGACACAGGUCGUUCCUGGGGCCAAACUUUAAGAACAUAUCGGUGUACGACGGCGGCGACUCGCGGCUCAAGCUGAUGACGACGCUGCGAGAGCUGAAGAACCAGGACGGGUACCAGGAGGACCGACUGCUGGUAUGCGCGCCGGCGACGACGCAGAUGAAGACGGAGGAGUUCGAGGUGGUUGGUAUGCUCGCCGGCGGCCACAUGAGCAUCGCCGAGCUGCCGAACAACAUCGACGACGCGGUCAAGAAGAGUGCGCUCAUGGCAUACAAGUUUGUCGGCGACGAAGACGAAGCGAUCAUCAGGGACGAUGAGGAGGCCGCAGAGGAGGAGGAGAGGGAACGGGAGGAGAAACGGAAACAGAAGCAACGAAAGAAGGAGGGCAAGGAGGAGUUGUAGAGUUGGGAGGGUGUUGGGGGGGUUGGCUUUAAUUGUUUAAAUAGCAACUCGCAUUGAUGCAGAUACUGUAGUAAAGCACUAGUCGCACUGUCAUUA